UGCUGAGCCCUGAACACUAACACACCUAAAUGUAGAUUAUGUGUAGCAGGAAAACAAUUAAACAAACAAAGAAGGUAUCUUUUGAGUGGAGAUUUUAAAUAUCAUUACACCUUUCAACAAACCUCGACUUUUCUUCCCACAUCACCUGGGGAGGGGUCGGUCGUCAAGAUGGUCAGCAUUUGAUUGAAAUGGAGUGAAAUUAUGAUUAGCCCCCCACCUCCCCCUUCGAUUGACUGGCCCCCCUGCAUCACACGGGACCCCGUGGAGAGGUUCUUUCUCUCUAUAAAGACAAGAUGCAGCGCAGCGUCUCUGAGAUGAUCUGAAGGAUUUACUGCGGCGCGCUCUAGAGCUCUCCUCCUGAAUGAAAGACAGCAUGGACUGCCAGUAGCCAGCUCACACUACACAGGUCGAACAAACCGAAUGGCCGUCUGAUACCACGGAGUUACCUCGUCUUGUAGAGCGCUAUAAUUGAAGAGGAUCGGACCCCCAGCUCCUCUCCGGAGGGGGCGCCUAAUGCCCUGUCGUUCCUAGCCACAACCUGCAGCCAGGCCUGGCAGGUGGGCAGCACCAUGGGCUCCGAAGGCUCCCAGUUCCCCUACGAGGGCUCCGUCAGCUCAGCAUCGGGGAUGUUCCAGCUGUGGAGCAACGACAUGGCUCCCAGCUCUGGCCUAGGGGCCCAUCAGAUGGCCUUCACCAUGCCCAAGGUCCAGUUCCCCGGACACAUGCAGUCGGGCCUGGGCCACCACCACCACCACCACCACCACCACCACGAGCUGCCUCUCACGCCGCCCGCCGAGCCGCCGUCGUCCUACUCCUUCGAACUGUCCCCGGUCAAGGUCCUCCCCGCGCAGCCGCAGGGCACCGGCCCGUACUACCCGCAGCACAACGCCGUGGGCCAGAACUUCCCCAGCUUCCUCCAGAGCUCCUCGGGGAGGCACCAUCUCCCCGGGGCCCACGGGGACGAGGGGCAGCAGUGGUGGAGCCUGCCCCAGACCAACAGCGCCCCCUCCAACCACCCCUUCUCCCUGGGCCGCCAGCUGGUGCUGGGCCACCAGCCGCAGAUCGCCGCCCUGCUGCAGGGCACGUCCAAGGGCCUGCUGGGGUCCACGCGGCGCUGCCGGCGCUGCAAGUGCCCCAACUGCCAGGCCAACGGGGGCGGCCUGGAGUUCGGGAAGAAGAGGCUGCACAUCUGCCACAUCCCCGAGUGCGGCAAGGUGUACAAGAAGACGUCCCACCUGAAGGCCCACCUGCGCUGGCACGCCGGGGAGCGGCCCUUCAUCUGCAACUGGCUGUUCUGCGGCAAGAGCUUCACGCGCUCCGACGAGCUGCAGCGGCAUCUGCGCACUCACACAGGGGAGAAGCGCUUCGGCUGCCAGCAGUGUGGCAAGAGGUUCAUGAGGAGCGACCACCUCUCCAAACACGUCAAGACCCACCAGACCAGAAAGGGCCGCGCGGGCCACCCCUCGCCCUCGGACCCCUUGCUGGCUAACAUCAAGAGGGAGUGACGUUGGCGGAGGGGGUCCACUGAACACUUGGAGAUGAGAAUAUGUUGUUUUGAUUUAAAGUCCUCUGCCACAGCUGUACACGGGGGUAAGCAUCACGCCUCAUUCCCUGUCCUUAACGUGUUAGGAUCUUAACGCCUGGAUUAUAACGUUAUUAUGGUCCUAGUUUGUGGUUUAAGAGGGUUCGAUAUUUCCAUGCUAUUUAAUUAAUUAUGUUAAGAUCAAACUUGAAAAUGAAUUGUGAACAUUGAAAAGAAUGCAGGAUUACAAGCCCGAGUGAAAUAAAGUUGAAUGCCUUAGUGUUGCAAAAGGUUUUUGUACAUAUAUUAAAACUUUUGCUAUAUCAAAGAAAUAUUUGGUUAUUUGGUUUCUAUUUUAAUUUUAAAAAGCCAUUUGUCGUCUUCAUCUGUGAGACCUUUUUAUUAUGUCCAUGUGAGCACAUUGGAUUAACAGUCUAUUCUUAUCGAAAUCAUCUAAUCUGUUGAUUCUUGUAUUUAUCCGUGUGAAACAACAUCACUUGGUAUGAGCAAAUAUUUUAAUUGUAAGUUCUUUGUAAAAUAUGUAUAUACGUCAUGAUCAAGUCUAUUGAAGUUACAGCCGCAUGUACAUUUUAAUAAACAGCAUAUUUGACGCAACUAA